CUUUAAACAUACCUAAUAAAGCUAUAAAUCUUCGUACCGGUUAUGUUUUUUCAUCAUGGGAAGAAGUUGAUACGAUUAUGGAAGCCUAUGGGAAGCAACAAGGAUUUACCAUUAUCAAAAAACGGUUAGAUCGAUAUUCAGAUGGCAGCAUUAAACACCGUGGUUUUGGAUGCGAAUUUGGCGGCCGUUAUCAACCAAAAAAACAAAUCGACAUUUAUAAUCAUCGAGACCAUAAAUCAAAACGCCAAGAAUGUGAAUGGCAUGCCAAUGUCAAUUGUCCAAAAAAUUUUCCACGCAUAACUCUUACAACUCUCACCGAUAUACAUAACCACACCCUAUAUUCUGAUACUAAAAAAUUAUUAAAGGCAAAGUUUCCAACUCAAUCCAUUCUCGACUGUGAUCUCAUCAAUGCAAUACAAAAAUUCAAAGUUAAAACAGAUGUAGCACAGGAUGCAUCUCGUUUGCUACAAACACUCAUUCGCCACAAAUCUCACGAUCCUGAAUGGUUCGUUGAAUUUCAACUUGACGAUGAAAAUAGACUGAUCCGCCUUUUUUGGAUGUCACCCACACAGAUUACUCUCUGGUUAGAGUAUCAUGAUGUCAUUUUAAAUGACAACACCGCCAAAACCAACCGUUAUCAAAUGCCACUUUCACUUUUUCUUGCUGUGGACAACAAUACUAGGUCACGUCUUGUUGCACAAGCUCUUGUGUCAGACGAAACAACUGAGUCCUAUAAAUGGAUUCUGGAAUGCACAAAAAACGCGACAAUGACUGAACCGUUAGUAUUCGUUACUGAUGCGGAUCCCGCAGCAGAAGCAGCAAUCGGACAAAUAUAUGAAGCUACCUAUCAAGUUCACUGCAUUUUUCAUAUUAGCGAAAAUCUCCCAAAGAAUCUCAAAUCCAAGCUUUAUAAUCAAUACGAGAGCUUCAUUUAUGACUUCUACCAAUGCCACUAUCUGAUGAGAGUUCUUUUCCCCAGCCGACAAGCGUGGGCCCGCGCGUUUACGUCAAAAAUCUUUACCGCAGGAAUCCAAACUACUUCCCGUGUUGAAGGCUUCAAUAAUAUUAUCAAACGCGUAUUAGCAGCGAAUAGUACCUUGUGUGAUCUUGCUGACGCACUGGAUGCAAGACUUGAGGACGAGGCAAAAUGGAAUCAGUUUUUUGAGUAUCGCACUAUGUCGUCCUGCAUGGGAAUCACAUCAGUUGGCCGCGAUCUUUUUCCCGCAAUUGAUAAAGUGAUGUCAGAAUACCUGACUCCUCAUAUUUUAUCUGCAGAACGCUUGGAAAUGGCACAAUGCCUUUACUUUAUUGCAAAUAAAAUGGAUAAUCAUAAUGAGGAUCCGGGUAUUAGUGUGACAGACGGAUUUAUUGAGGAUGUGUAUGACGCUAAGCAAAUUCUAUUGAAAUCAAUGAUCGCUGAAGUUGGUGAAAGGAAUGUCCGUGAAGUAUGGAAGAUUAUAGAUAUGCGACCUGAGAAUAAACACAUACAUUUCGUGGUAGUAGUCGAUCCUAUUUCAUAUCUUUGUUCAUGCAUGUUUAAUAUAUCUCGUGGCAUUGUCUGUCGUCAUUAUUUCCGAGUAAUGAUGAUUUCAACAGUCGCAGGGUUUCACAUUCAGAUGGUACCUUCGCGGUGGUAUACCGAUAAUCAGAAAGAUAAGGAUGUAGUCAUGGAAGCUUGUUGUUUUGCAAAUCAAGAAGCUGUACAAAAUUGUUCGGGCGCGGUACUUACACCAAAUCCUUCAACCAUACCUAAGACUGUUACUAGCAUUCUACGUCGUGCGGUACAGAAAAAAGCUAAAUAUGGAGAAGUGUGGGGACUUGCACGACAAGCGGCUCAACUUGCUAUCGAACAGGAUAAUUAUGGUGAGAUGGUAGGAUGGCUGAGACAGUUUAUUAAUCGACAAAAAGCAACAAUGGCUAUACCAACUGGAUCAGUGCGAAAUCGAGAUCUUUUGGAGGAUGAAAUUCACAAA